AUGAUACACGAUCUUAAACUUAUGGAUUGCUAUACAGAAGCAUUUGAAAUGUCUAUCUUCUUGGAUGCUAGGCACAUGUCUAAAGGGGAUCUCACUGCAGUAGGUUCAGUAUUUGGUUCCAGGUCGGAAUCCUUUUCAUCUAAAUCCACUGAUAAAUUUGGAGAGGCCUGA